ACAACGGGAGGGAAAACGGGGUGGUGCGAUUGUAUGAGCCUUCUAAUAUUGAGCUCGAUAGAAGUACAUCUCUUCUAGGCAUAGAAAGCAGAUGAACAAUAGAGUUAGAAAACAGAAGACAUGGAGCACAAAGAAGAGAACCAAUGAAUUUAAGACGCUUGAAGUGGACAACUGUAUUUUCAAAUUCCAAACGAGCACAGAUGCUUUCUCUGUUUACAUAUUUUUUUGAGAAUUUUAGCAGACAGCUGAGGCUCUUUUAAUGUUCAUGUAUGAAGAUGGUUAAGGCAUGAGAGAAAUGGAUGCACAGCAGACAGUUGUGACAUGCUGUUGAUCCAAAUCGACCAAGACGCGGACCAGGUGGAAUGUUCUGUUCAGUUGCAGCCAGACGCAGAUGAGUGCUUGACUUACUUGGAUGAUCCAAAGUUGAACCUGAAGAAGACUAAUCUCCCCUGAGAGACGACCCACCUCAUCGUCAGGCUGGCUGGCACCGCCAUGGCGUUCACCUUUGCGGCCUUUUGCUACAUGCUCACCUUGGUGCUGUGUGCCGCCCUCAUCUUCUUUGUCAUUUGGCAGAUUAUUGCAUUUGAUGAACUGCGCACAGAUUUCAAAAACCCUAUCGACCAGAGCAAUCCCACCAGAGCGAGGGAAAGGAUUCUCAAUAUUGAACGAAUCUGCAACCUUCUUCGACGACUGGUGGUACCGGAGUAUUCUAUCCACGGGCUCUUCUGCCUGAUGUUCAUGUGUGCCGGAGAAUGGGUCACACUUGGCCUCAAUAUCCCGCUUCUCUUCUACCAUCUCUGGAGGUUUUUCCAUCGGCCAGCUGAUGGGUCAGAGGUCAUGUACGAUCCAGUCAGUGUAAUGAAUGCAGACAUCCUCAACUACUGUCAGAAGGAGUCGUGGUGCAAACUGGGCUUUUAUCUACUGUCGUUCUUCUAUUAUCUCUACAGCAUGGUCUACGCUUUGGUGAGCUUCUAACAGAUUCUCAUGCUGAAUUCAACAUCAAAAAGGGAAGAGCAACGACAUCAGAGUGUCCCGUCCAUGUAACCAUCCCAUCUUUCUUGGCUUUCUUGGAAGAUGAAACUUCAAAAACCCAAUCUGAGCGCAAUUGUGAAUGUAAAGCUGUUGCCUCCAACCCAUUUAAGUCGCUUUAUUACAAACACUGCUGUGAGACAGAUGGACAAAAGUACCCUAUGUACGGAGGAUGGAAUUGAAGCAGAAGAUGGGAAAGGUGUUUGUGUUGCCUUUUUCGCCUCAUUCUAAUUUUUAACAAGGACUCUGAAGGGCUGGAGUAAUCCAAUGCUGCUCUUACUUAUCCAGUCUCUUUAUUCACUGUGACUCUCCAAACAAGUAACCUGGGCUGGAACACAAAAUCAUUUGUCUGUAAUGUUUCACUUACAACGUGUGCACAUGCCAAGUAGUUAUUUGGUAUUAUUUAGUAUUUUGAUAGACACAUCCAAUAUCAACAACUGUUUUCUGUUGCAUUGAGGGAACAGUUCACACUGUAAAAAAAAUACAGCUGUUUUUUACCAUUAAAAAAAAGAGGGGAUACCGUCAAAUGUACAUUAAAAAAUUCGAUGGCAUAAAUAUUACCCAACUGGUCUCUUGGAAGUCAAAUGUGCUAUUGACUUAGCUACUGCAGACCACUUGACGGAGGUGUUGUGCAUGUAGCUGGUUUUGAGGGGAAAAAGUGCUUAAAUACACAAAAUAUAAUAAAUAGUUACUGUAGAUUGUUGUUAAUUUGACAAUGAACAUUUUACGGUUUCCCCGUUUUUUUAAUGGUAUAGUUUACAGGAAAUUUAAUUUUUUCCCAGUGCACUUAGAUAUGAACUAAAAAUCACUGUAAAAAUGCGGGCAGGGAUAUAGAACAGGUUGGUGGAUGCACAGCCACUUUCAAUCCUGAUAAAGCUUUGGCCAUCAGCGCCAUCAAGGUAAGCGCCACACUGGAAGAAUAACAAUUGAAAAAGCAAGGUUGAAGUCUCUGUGUGGGCGAUUCAACUUGAAUUGUAUUCUUAGCUGGAAGGACAUACUGUACUUUGUGGGAAACGCUAGAAGCCUUCUACUCCCCAGAGAAUUCUGUGCUCACAGAAUUAUUGUCAAAAGAUUGUAUAUGAAAAACAUCGUGCCAAAGGUCAGGGAUUAUGUGAAUAGCAACAACAAGGGUUGAGAAAUUCCUUACUUUGUGACCUACUUAAAAUUAUAUGGUGACAAGCUACAGUAUGUCUCGGUUUGGUAGACUACAAUGAUUUUGUUAAAAAGAAAUGAAAAAAACAAAAAAAAGGAAAAAUGUUAUUUUUUAGCGUGAAGAAACCGCCUUAUUUCCAGUUAAGUUUACGUAUUAGCACCAAUGCUAGCUGUUUUAGCACAGUGACAUCUAAUGUAUGACAAGCAAUGAAAAACACAAAACUAGUAAUGUAAUUAGUGUUGCACCGAUACCAUGUGUGGUAUCGGCCGAUGUAGAUACUGUACCGAUACCAAGUUUUUUGAAAAAAAAAACAAAACAAAAACAAUUUUCUUUUGAUACUACAUUACUUCAAACUCACUUGAGUACAGUAUACAUACAAUAGAGUACAGUAUACAUAUUGUACAUACAAUACAUACUUGCGACUCUGUGCUUUAAACUUCAGGCCCUCAGUCUAUCACGGAUUUUUUUUCGGGUAAAAAAAAACAAAACAAAAAAAACUACAGAUGAGCUGUCACGAGCCGAUCACGUCUCACUCCCCCUCCCCCUCCCUGCUCUUUGUUGUUGCAGUGCACUGGAAUUGCUGAUUAAAGUCAAUGGUGAUUAACAGACGUUUAAUGUAUGAUCUUGCCACAGAUGCCUGCUUCAAAGCGCCGCAUUCGCCAUUCAUCGUUUAACUUGUUAAACAGUUGCUGGGACAACUCAUUGUGUGUAAGUGAGCAGCUUGAGCGGAUCAGAGUGGACUCACUCAAUGAAGCAUUUCAUAAAGACAAGCAUUUUCAUAUUUAUUCUUAUUUCAAAAUACCUUGGUGGGACAAUAACAUGUUUAAAACCUUAAUUAUUAAAUUUGAAGUGCUUGAAAUCCAUUUAUACAAAUAACCAUGAAUAUAUUUAUACAUAAAAGUUUUUUUUUUUUUUUAAUUUUACUUUGAGAGGGAAAAAAUGUGAAUAAACCUGUCUUAUAUGUAUCUUUCCAAUGCUAAAUCUGAAUAAAUACAUUAAACACCUACAAAUAUAUAUAUAUAUAUAUAUAUAUAUAUAUAUAUAUAUAUUUUUUUUUUUUAUUGGGCACUACUUCGCGGUUUUUCACUUAUUGUGGCGGGUUCUGGUCCCCAUUAACCAUGAAAAACGAGGGAUCACUAUAUGAAGCAAUUGCAUCUGCUUAACUCGUUCUCAUUAGCGGUGCUAGAUGUCCAAUCCAUUUAAAGUCGGAAGGUUGGCAGUGAAUAAACGAACAUUCAUACGUAGCUGGCGGUCAUCUUUAAUAGUGCGACCAGCGGUUGGAAACUAAAUAUCAAAAAGUAUAACUACGCAGCAUCGGCACGUUAUGUAUAAACACUACCGAUACUUAGGACGCCAUUUUAGUGCCGCAUUGGUACCGAUAUAUCGGUGCAACACUAAAUGUAAUAGCUUUGAUGACUGUAUGUGAGUAUGUGUUCGACAAGUUACAAAGACUCAGUGAUAACAAUGUAAAGACUCAUUUAACUUAUCUGGAUAUUACAAUCAGGCACAUGAAGUCGUUGCUGCCUGAUGACCAAGCCUUUCCUCAUCUGUGCUUUCUUUCAUGUGUUCAUUAGUUGUAGAUAAGUGAUGAUUCCAUUGUGAUUUGAACAACUGUAGGAGUACAGACAUUCAGGGGCCUGAUCAAAACGUUUCUCCCGGCGGGUUCCAUAUGUAAUUAACAAGUGUUGAUAAAAUGUCUGUUGUUGCUACCUAGGAUAAAGUGUUAUUAGUACUGCAGCCUGUCAAAAUAUUUUAAACGUCUGUCAAAAUCGCAGUAACUCUUCACACCAAAAUGUGAAACAUCUUUUGUGAAAGUAAGUGUAAGAAAACACCAUUUUGAAUAGACAGCAAUACAAGGAUUAAAGCCUAAAACUGGAAUAAAUUCAAUCAUUUCCAAAUAAUGCAAAUAAACACUGGCUGUUUUACGAUAUAGUAGUACAACGAUAAAAUGCUUUAAUUUUGUGAUUUUCUUCCUAAUUCUUUCAGUGCCAUUAACGAUAUGUUAAAACAUCCAUUUGAACAAAGUUCAAAUGGAUUGCACCUCUAUUGCUAUCGAUCAGGGCUGCAGCUAUCGAAUAUUUUAGUAGUCGAUUAAUCGAUAGACUAGUUAGUUUGAGUAAUCGGAUAAUGAACGUGAAAAAUUUAAAUACCUGAGCUCAGCCUCAAACGGUAUAUAUAUAUUUUUCAAUGAGGAUCUAUGUACAACAAAAGAACAAUUGGCUAAAUUACAUAGAAAAAGUCUGCUAGCUUAAAUGCUAUAAAAUGCUAAAGUUUUUUUUUUUUUUUUGCAACGCUCUUAACAAAUGAUUCAGACACGUAUUCCCACAAAAAAAAAAUCUAAAAAUACCUAUAAACUGCAUUAUGAAUGCAUUAAAAACAUUAGCUCAAACAAAAACUUAGCUUAUGUUGGUCUUAACAGGGAGCAGUUGUGAAAAGAGGCAGUCAAGAGGGAAGUGUAUCCACCCUAAUCAAUAAAAAUAAAUGCAAACACUUUCGAAAUAAACCAUUACAACGCCACUUUAAUUAAACGAAUACUCGAGGCUACAAAAUUUAAUUCGAAUAUUUCUUUUCUAAUCGAAUACUCGAGUUAAUCGAUUAAUCGUUGCAGCAACUAUCAAUGGCAGCCAAUGAGUUAAUGACUCUAUAUUCACAUUAUGGUGUUUUGAUGAUUUGGGAAUAGUUCUUUGGCAAUUUAUUUUGAAGAACACAGUGACAAAAUGUUUUUUUGUUAUACAGUAUAUUGUAUUUGGUGUUUAUGCUACUUGCAUACUUUGGGCUCUUAAGAAAGGUGCAAUAAUUACUCGAUGAAUCGACAACUAAUUGAUUAUCAAACUAAUCGACAAGUAUUUUGAAUGAACUGCUUUGAGAUCUUGUGUAUCUUCCAAUUGUCCAAAUCCUUGGAACGUAAACAGGAAGUAUUUUCUGAUUGUCAUCCUUUAUGAAAACGAAUCGAUAUCUUCUGUUUAUUCAAAAUAGGAAAGGGUAAAAAAUAUUUAGCAACAUUUUGGUCUAUGUUCUGACAUGUUAAAGGCCAAAACAGUCAGAAUCGAUAGAUGUUUAAGCAUAUUCUGCGCUGUCAGUUUUAAAUAAUGUCGUUUUUAAACGAGAAGGAAAUUAUUUUUUCCCCCGUUUCAUCGAGUAAUUAAAAAAAAAUUCAACAGAUUAUAUGGUGAUUUAAAAUAAUGUUUAGUUGCAGCCCUAAGUAAAACAGAAAUCAAAUAAAGGGCAGCUGCUCUGCCACAGUCAUACAUUGACUCCUACAAAAUGCUUGUAAAAUCUACACAAGUUAAAGUGCAAUUAAGGUGUUGUCGAUACAGAAAGGAGACUAGACACAGUUUCAUAUGUAAAAUAUUUUGUUAUAUUCUAUUGUUUACAGGGUUUAUUCUGAUAUCUCCUUUGGUGUAAUUAUUGCAAUAAACCUUUCUGUGUUUACAAAGUCAUUGUCUUUCAUAAUAACUGUCAAGAUACAGUACAUUGAGGAAUUGAAUUCAGCUAUUUCUCUAUUUAAAAAUAUUGUUUACAAUUGGAGUAAUUUCAAGACUGGUUUAUGUGUGCUCGUUUUAACUCUCACUGCCAUUUUAUUACUGGUAGAUGUCCAAUCCAUUUGAACUGGGAUUGCUGGCAUUGAACGAUCAUGCUUUAGUCCCACUGCAGGUGCUGGACGUCCGAUCCAUUUUGACUGGGCUAAAAAUGGAUCGGACGUCUAGUGCCGGCAAUGGCAGCAAAUGAGUUUAAAUACAAUUCAAGGCAGCAACCAGGCGCCUCGCUGAUAUUUUCUGUUGAGUGAAAAGGACACAUCAUUAUCCACUGUCGCCAUGGAAACAAAAUUGUAUUGGACAUUCCUGUUGACUCACUUCAAAACUUUGAUCCACAACAUGGAAGAAUACAGCUCAAGUUCAUCUGUACAUCAUAUCCGUGGUAUUUAAAAAAAAAAAUUUUUUUGCCAAUUUUUACAUGUCACAUGACUGAAAGUCUGCGCAUGCAGCCAUGAAAACCAUAACAACAAUGCUUCUAUGAUGAGGUACAUACACACUAGGUGCAUCUGUUUCUCCCACGAAUUGCACUAUUUCACACUCAUCAUCCUGGGCUCUUCCUUUCUCAUCACCCUCCGCACGGCCAUAACUGUCUCAACGCCUUUCCGCUCUCUUCCUACGUCUGUGCUCUCACAGACGUGUUGCCAUGGAAACUGGCUACAACUGCAGGGCUCAAAACGGUAAGAUUGGCAUACACAUGGGUGCACUCUCAGUGAAUCGCUAAUUCAUCAUUACACAAGCCACAGUGGGACAUUACAUGUUCGUCAGGACGUGCAGACACGAUACAUAAGAACAUAGUGUACUGUAGUAUAUUUAAAUUAGGAACGGACAAAGACACUUGAAUGACCGUGAUUUAAGUUUUUCUAGUACUGGAAAAUCAUUUAAUUGAAAUGUAAACAGAUAGUAUGUGGUAAAUUCAGAGGUGAAUUUCUCCUACUUUCACACAAAUGUUUAUGAUAUAAUAUAGCUAAAAAUUUGAAAAUAAAUAUACUUGGACUCAACAUACUGUACGUGGGUUUGCUGUCACUAUUGUGCAUUGAUCAUAAAACAUAUUUACAGUGAGGAAAAUAAGUAUUUGAACACCCUGCGACUUUAUUCUCCCAGUUAGAAAUGGGUGGGUUUAGAAUUUUUCAUGGUAGGUGCUUGUCAACUGUGAAAGACAAAAAAAUCCAGAUAUCACAGUGUAUGAUUUUUUUUUUUUUCUUUAUACAAUAUAUUUGUGUUAUACUGCUGCAAAUAAGUAUUUGAAAACCUGAGAAAACCAAUGUCAAUAUUUGGUACAGUAGCCUUUGUUUACUAUUACAGAGGUCAAACAUUUCCUGUAACUUUUCACCAGGUUUUCACACACAGGGAUUUUGCACCACUGAUCCACACAGAUCUUCUCUAGAUCAAUCAGGUUUCUGGACUGUCACUGAGAAACACAGUUUGAGCUUCCUCCAAAGUUUUCCUAUUGGGUUUAGGUUCUAGACACUGGCUAGGCCCUCUUUGAUUAUUCUGG